GAAAAUAUAGACACCGCAGCCCUGCCAUCGUUCUCGUCGUGGCUUCGACCCAUCGAUCGAUUUCCCGUCGACCGUGUCGUCUUCCUUACGAUCCGUCGAUUCUUUAGAAUCUUGCCGUUUUCGAUUCGUUUUCUCGGUCGAUCCAGUGUCCUUUAACCGUAGGAAUCGAUUUAGGGUUCGAACAGAAGAUGGAGCCGAUGGAUAUCCUUGGGAAAUCGAAGGAGGAUGUUUCGCUGCCAAAAUGAUAUGGUGCACAUCAAACAUAGUUUUCAGUCCUUACCAUAGCCCUGUUAUGAAUUGGAUAUCCUUUAUUAAUUUAAAAUUAGAAACUUUUAGAUUUUUUUAGUUUUUUUAAAUAUAUUUUUACGUUCAGUCAGCUUAACAAACGAGUAGCUUUAUUUUCAGGAAACAAAAUACAAAAACCUACUCAACCAUGUUUGAGUUUCUUUUCAAAAGAAACUGAUGCAGCAAGCCAAAUAACUUGUAUGAUUGUUGCAUGGACUUUAGUAAUUUCCUCUAUUUACUGCACUGUUGCCAAAAAAACAUUCCACAAUGUUCAAGAUUAUAAAGGAGAUGUUACCACCGGAUGUUCGUGUUGCUAGAGAUACCCAAGAUCUUCUUGUGGAGUGUUGUGUAGAAUUCAUCAAUUUAAUUUCUUCUGAGUCCAAUGAAGUAUGUAAUCGCGAGGACAGACGGACAAUUGCACCAGAGCAUGUGCUCAAGGCGUUGGAGGUUCUUGGCUUUGGCGAGUACAUUGAGGAAGUUUAUGCUGCAUACCAACAGCAUAAACUUGAAACACUGGACUCGCCAAAAGGUACUAAAUUUGGCGGCAUAGAGAUGACGGAGGAACAAGCAGCGGCAGAGCAACAGAGGAUGUUUGCUGAGGCCCGAGCAAGGAUGAACAAUGGAGUGAGCUCUCAGAAGCCAUCAGAAUCUGAUCCCCCUCUCGAGAGCUAAUGAAGUCCUAUAUUUCAAAGGUUUAUGUAAAGCUUCGAUAAAAUGGCACAAUCCAAGGUAUUGCAGUCUGACUUCAGUUUGUAUAUCUGGUUAUUCACUAUGACAGAACCGCCUGAUAUGUAGCAGCAUAGUUUAUAAAAUCCAGAAUAUUCUUCUCUGUUCU